UUAUGCAACAUCCCUCCUGAUCCCUCCUCCUUCCAGCGCUCAGCCCCCUGCUCGGCCCCCAGAGCUCCACACCCCUCUGGGAUUCCCCACCCACCUGGACAGCUGGUCAGCCAGCCGGUCAGCUCCCUGGAGCUGCCACCGCCCUGCCUCCAAGGGAAGCCAGGGCAAGGGGCCCGAAGAGGGGGCAAGACCACUGCCCCUGCUGCUGAACCACCCUAAAUCCAACUGGCCCAAGGUGAAGUGGAGCCUCUGGUGUGUAGGUGACAGGGGCCAGCGUUCUUCUUUUUCCACUGGAUCACAGGCAGAGAAACUGAGGCAUGGGGUGGGCCUCAUGCCACAGGAGCUACUGUAGGGGGAAGGCCCUCCAGUCCAGGCCAGCCCUGCACCUGGCUUUGCCACCGGCCUGCUCUGGGGGCGUAGCUGCAGUGGAGCAGGCACCUUGGCUCGAAGCCCAGAGCAGUGAGCUUAGGAGGGGGUGGGGCAGGCAAGGGACCUGGUCUCCUGGGGGCCCCUCACCACGCCCAUCCUCCCUCCUGAGCAGAGCUGGGAGAUAAAGGAGGUGCCUGGGCUCACAGGCUGGCUCUGGUGCCCUGCAGGUGAGGGCCCCCAUCCUGAGGCCUGAGAGCAGGAACAGGGGGUGGAGGGAGUGGAAGUGGGGAAUGUUAUAAGCUUUCACCCCUGCAAGGCUGUCUUCCUGGAUUCCUAGUUCUAAUUGUGCUCAGCUACAGGCCGAAGUGCAUGUGUGUGUGUGUGUGGGAGGGGUGGUGGUGGUCAUGCAUGUAAGAAUUAAGAACUGCUCUUCUGACCUGUCACAGGGGACCCAGAGAGACUGGGGUUAGGGGCCAGACUUUCCCAACAGGGUCAGCAGAAACAAAAGGCUCUGUGUAAGUGUAGAAGGAGGGCUAGCUGGUCUGGAGCAAACAGCUGGGUGGCUGACCCCUCCUCUCCGGGCGAGCUGCCCACUUCCUGAUUAGCACUGGAACCUCGGAGAGCUGAGAGGGCCUUCCCACUGCCCCAUCAUGCCUCCCGACAGCCCCUGUGCUCAGCCUGCUGAAGGGCCUGUAGACGGCAGUGGGGAGCCUCCCACCGCCCUUCCUCCGUUUCUUCCCCAGGGAGCCCCAGUCAUGGUCCCUCUGCUGCCCGCGGACGUGAUGGUGACACGACUGUCGCGCUCCAUACGCCUGUACUGCAAGCAGCAGGAGCCCCCAGGGACACCGGGCCCGCCCCGCCCACUGCUCCUGCUGCUGCCCUGGUUGGGGGCCCGGCAGGGGGCCCAGGCCAAGUACCUGCAGCUGUACCUGGCCAGCAGCUUCGACGUGCUGGUGGUGGAGAGCGCUCUGAGACACUUCCUGUGCCCGCGCCUCGGCCUGGGCCGCGCUGCUCAGGUGCUGGAGCUGCUGCAGGGGCAGAAGGCGCUGGCCAGCCGGCCCCUGGUAGUGCAUGCCCUCUCCCUGGGGGGCUACACCUUUGCUCAGAUGCUACUGCUCAUCCGCCGACAGCCCGGGCGCUAUAGCACCGUGGCCGGACGCCUCUGGGGACACAUCUUCGACAGCCUGGUGGUGGGCAGCCUGGACCGCAUGGCGCUAGGUGUGUCUCAGCUGAUACGGCCACAGGCGCUAGGCCCGGUCAUCAAGGCCACAGCCACACUCUACUUCUACCUUUUCCCCGGCUGCACCGUGCGACACUAUGAAGCGGCCCUGGACGCCUUCCAUCGGCCGCCUGUCCAGCCCCCAACCCUCAUCUUCUACAGCCACGAUGACCCUCUCUGCGAUGUGGCCCGUCUGCGGGAGCUGUUGGCCGGCUGGCAGCAGGAGGGCAUGGCUGUGUGGACGCAGGCCUGGGAGACCUCUCGCCACGCAGCACACUUGCGCCAGCAUCCUCUGGAGUACCGCAGAGCCCUCUCCACCUUCUUGGGGAGGCUGGGCCUGGCAGCACCCCCAUCCCGGCUCUGAGGGGCACAGCCCGAAGUGGGGGGAGCAUGAUGGGAGACGGAGACGGGUUGGGUUGGUAGAGGCCCAGAGACCUCGCAGUUUAUUCACUUAUUUAAUAUACAAUGAUGCUACUGUGA